AUCCCCCUGUCAAUUCUGCGAAAAAAGCAAUCGUCGGUGCAUAUACGAAGCUCGACCAACCCGAAUCCCCCUCACCCGCCAAAACCUCGACAAACUCCAACUCCGCUGUGCAAAGCUCGAGCAUCUCCUCCGCACCAUAGACCCUAAUGUGGAUGUCGAACGCUCCCUAUCCACAGACCGGUAUACGGCCACGGGCUCGACCACAACAGAGCACAACAACGCAAUGCGUGUGAUGGAGUUUUACUAUCAGGACAUGCGCAGGUGCGAUGACGAGGAGGAGGAGGCGCCGCCAGAGAGUGCGUGUGGCUUUGAGUGGCGGGAGAGCGAGGGUGAUGAGCUCCCUGGCAGGGCCGGCAGCGGGGGAGGGGAUGCGACGGUGGUGGGGCUGUCGGAUGGGAUGGCUUCACUGAAUGUUGAUGCUAGGGAUGGGUGUGUUGUCUUGGCUUGAUUUUAGGUACGUCUUCCGGAGCAGCAUUACUACGGACAAUUCAACGCCUCGUCACUCGAUAUUACCAGGGCUCGCUAUUACCAGAGUCUAUUCCUACCUCCCCACCUCCGAGCGUCGAUAUUGCCCAUAGGCUCAAUUCUUCGUUUGCUCGGCAGUCUCUUGUGGAUUCAUAUUUUUACUUGUACCAUCCCUCCUACCCCCUGAUACAUGAAAAGACGUUCCGGUCAAGAUGUGCUGUGUUUUCCGAGGUUCUGAGCGCUCCCCAAUGGAAGCUUCUGUACUAUAUGGUUCUCACUAUUGGCGCUUUUUGCUCAUAUGCGGGCUCUCCAGAUGAGGAUCAAGGUCUAGAUUUACAGAUCUGGAAUACGGUUCGGAAAGAGCUCUCAACGAUCGGUAUUCUUGAAUCGGGGACUCUAGAGCAGAUACAAACCCUGGCACUGAUGGUCUGUAGUAAGGCUUUUGGCCGGAUCAUUGUCAUCGGCUAACCUCUGCAGGGCCAAUUCCUUCAAAAGCGAGAUCGGCCCAACACUGGAUAUAAUGUGAUGGGGGUGGCGAUUCGCAUGGCUCUUGGCUUAGGGCUACAUCGAGAUUUCACAGAGAAAACCCCACUGAGUGCUAAUACCCUUUCAAGGGAAAUGCGUAGACGGAUAUGGUGGGUGAUUUAUUGUUUUGAUGUCGGGUCCUCAAUCACUUUCGGCCGACCUACAAUCAUGAGUGAUCGCGUGGAGACGCGAGUUCCGCUAAACAUUAAUGAAGGGGACCUAGAAGCUCCGGAAUCACCACUUCCCCGGCCUAUAACCUCAUGCACGACAUACUCCGCCAUCAUCGCACACUGUGAAUUCGUAAAGCUCGCAAACCAAAUCCACAGUAGCUUCUUCACAUUCCGCGGGCUCCGGCCAUCCCGCGACCUCAUCCGCAGCCUUGACGAGCGCAUGUUAGCAUGGCAGAAAUCCCUGCCGGCCUACUUCAAUGCGGAUGCAGAUGCGCCAGCCUGGUUCGCCGAGCCAAAAGCAGUGAUAGUGUGGAAAGGACUGAACUUCAGGAUGCUAAUGCAUAAGUGCUUUCUCCCACUCCUCAAGAGCCCGGCCGUGAGGGCCGAAGCUAUAGAAGGUAUUGCGCCCACCAAGAGCGGAGCAGGAGUUUGUCUCUUUCUAGCUAUCCAGACGAUCCACUCUGUUCAUGCGUUCAUCUGCUCCCAGACGCUGCGUCGGGGCGCGGCCUGGUACUGCACAUAUUUUGUCUUUCAAGCCGCGCUCGUGCUCGUCAUUGCCAUCCUGACUGUGGACGAGACGCCCCCACCCGCGAUAUGGACGGGGAAUAUAUUAAUGGCGGAGGAGUGUCUGGCGGCCACGAGUCGGUGUCUCGGGGAUGGUGCAAGUAGGUAUCUUGAAGUUUUACAAAGAGUCAUGAGCAUAUGGGGUAGGAGAACGAGGCCGUCGGCGCCCUCAUCGCCCUCUGGCACCGGUAGUUUUAGUGUUUACGCUAUUGGAGAAGCAUCGUCGAGUGUUUCGCUAUUGGCGGAUUGUGCCAAUGGACUGGGUUUCGGCGAACUGGGGCCCAUGCCUGUGGGUGCUGCAGAGGUUCCGGAAGACUACGGACUAUCUUCCUGGAUGCCGACAGCACAAGACUUUCUUGACGGUUCGAUGGGGGGUUUUGUUAUGGGUAGUACUAAUGCCACGGGAUGA